AAUAGUGACGACCACGACGCAAUUUAGGCGUUUUCACAAGAAGCAUGUGCAGUAGUAAUACUUUCCACCAUCAUGUGCACGACGAUGAGCGAGUCGACCGUGCAAGGGGCUUGCUCUGCGAAGGGGCCUCAUUGCUCGUGCAGACUCAAGAGAGCACCGAUAUCAUUGACUCCAGCCGACACCUUCAGCAAUGUCUAGACAAAUUUGACUGUGCAUUACGCCUCGCUCCACAUCUGCGGGCUCAUGCGUGCAUCGCCAAGCUCCAAGGAUGGAACGCCGGCCUCGCAGUCCUGGAUCAGUUCCACGGGUACGACAACAGACUCUGCAUGAUGGAGGUGCUUGCUCUGUAUAAGGGAAAGACAAAUUUGGAGAGCGUCUUUGACUGUGCCUGCGGGGACCCACACUCCGCCGCACGGGCUUCGUUUGCGUGCGCGCUCUUCUUCGAGGCGCAUGGGACGAGGGCAGCAGAAAAAAUGUCUCUACCCUUGCUGCACGCGGUGGCCACAGUCCACUGUGGGGGCGACACCUACUUGCAGUCCCUGGCCCGCAUCCACAUGCGUCACGUCCAGGAUAGCCUCCACUCUAUCCAUGCUCAUGCCCAAGACGGGCGCCGUACCCCUCUCUCCUGUGGCUUCCCCUCUUCUUCUACCGCGUCGACCGUCUCCUCUCCAGCAGCGUUGGCUUCGCCCACGGCUCUCAGCACAGAGAUUGCCGACGAGAAAGGGCGCAAGUAUGAUACUCCCUCCGUGCCGCUCUGUAGCCGUGCUGCCAAGGCAGCCGUUCUUAGAAGAGCCCUUGUAAAAAAUAGUUGUUGAGGGAUGGGACUGUCGGGGCAUUUGGCUCAGUGUGUUUUGAGGUGUCUUUUGGGGGAUUGUGCGGGAGGUUGUAGGGGAGACUCAAAAAAUAGAGGGCGGAACAUGCGUCCUAGACCAAAAAAAUAUGACAGGGUGACAGGUUGCUCUCCAUUGAGUCGUGGACAAAUUAUGAAAUAUUCAAUUCAAAAUACGAGGGAAGCACAUAGACAGUGAGGAGUAUGACGAGAGAAAAAUGAGGAUGAAAGCAGAGUCAAAAAGAGUAAGACGUGUGCAAGACUGCAGCUCCGUGCCUCUAGGCACUCAGCCUGACGUCGUAAUGGAAAGGCAUUUCCAUUCGUCAUGGUAAACAAAUCUUCAUUGGAAGAUCACAGUUAGAAGUAUGAUAUUGAAAAGAGUUACAGGCAUUCUGCCCGUCUUCACAUUGAACCGGUGUGGUCGAUAGUAGCGCGAGAAUUGAUUGACUUGGUUGCAGUGACUUGGAGCACCUCGAUGCGGCGCGUGUCGCAUUUUCCACUCGGCCGUGGAGGUAUUCACGUGUUUUUUGAAAGGGUAGACUUUUUUGCGUGAGCACCGGCAUGUGCUCCGGGGGGGUAAAACUUGAUGCUUAAGCGCCGUCGUGGCCCCCCCAGAUAACGAUUAGCCUGGUAGCCCAGGUGUACAUGUGGAUGUAUGCCGGGGUAUAUCAGGGUGUACAUGCAUUGAAAAACGAAUAGAAGAUGAUUUGUCCGUCGAACAGCGAAGAAGACAAAAACUUCAGAAACGCA